AUGUCUCGAACUGAUCCCUAUGACCCAAAGGGAGAUAAACGUUCUAUCAUGGUCACCACCUUUACACCCGUCAAUUGCGGAAGCGUACCCUCUACAUCUUACAUCCCGAAUUCAACAGCCAGGUAUGAAGAUAAGAGUUUCCAGUCUUUUGGACUACCUCUAGGAACGUUCGAGUCCCUUCGUAUCCAGUCUCAGACACAGCAGCAGCCACCGCCUUUCAGACUUCACGGAGAUUACCCAGUAGUGCUUUUCUCACCGGCACUGGCAACCUCAAGAUUGAUGUACACAUUGCUGCUUCAAGAAAUUACCAGUAACGGAUUUGCUGUUGUCUCCGUCGACCACCCGUAUGAUGCCGACAUCGUAGAAUAUCCCGAUGGCCGCACGGUUCUCGGAAUACUCACAAACAUCAGUACCGAAACAGAAUUCGUUUCAGCACUAAACGUUCGUGUUAAGGACAUGUUAUUUUUACUUGAUCAAAUGAACGACGAAAAAGUGAUCAGAAACCUAUUCCCUUUGUCGCAGGGAAAUUUGCAUCUACUCUCUCUUGAUCAAGUAACGAUCCUUGGUCAUUCCCUCGGCGGAGCAACAGCAGCGCAGACAAUACUAGUUAACAAUCGGUUUGUCGGGGGUAUCAAUCUAGAUGGUAAAUUAUGGGGGUCUGUCGUGGACAAAGGACUGUCGAGUCCGUUCCUACUUUUUGGUAACACAAACCACACCCGGGCAACAGAUCCCAGCUGGGCAAGAUUUUGGUCACAUUUACAAGGAUGGAAACUUGAGCUACAACUCGCACAGUCUGAACACUAUACUUUUUCUGACUUUCCAGUGCUUGUUGAUGCUCUGAGUGUUUCGGACGAAGUUCGACAAAUUAUUCAGGCCGAUUAUAUUGGGACAAUAGGUGGUUUGCGGGCUAAGGAUGUGAUUACUUCAUACACCAUUGCCACACUGCAGUACUUUGUUUAUGGGCACACGUCAGAAUUGCUGAGCGGCCCUUCGGUAGCAUACCCUGAUGUGAAAUUUGUGUCUUGA